AUGACUGCAAAUCGGCAUGCAGUGUCUGCCCAGCAUGGUACUCGCCCGAUCCAAAUUCAACCAGACAUGUCUGGAGUGAACCAUGCAGCACAUGCCAUUGUCCCUGCCAUGAUGCAGUCGGUCAGUUCUGCCUCUCAACCGACUGUCAAUGCUAACAUUAUUCAGGCCAUAACUGCAUCCUCCCAAAAGCCAAACCCUGACCCUGCUGUUGCCAAAGACAGCAAGGCACAAGAACUGACCAAGGUCACUACAGCAAAUGUGCUUCCUAUCACAGUGACCUCUGUUCCCAUCCAGAUGACGUCCAAACAUCUGGCGUCCAGUAGCAACAGCCUACCCAUACAAAAAUUGUCAAAUGUUAAUACAGCAACAGUUCAUAUGGUUCCCAGUUGCACAAUGGCCACUGGUCAGAAACCCCCCUCCACUACAUUGCCACAUAUGCACAUGAUUCCCACAACCAACACAACUUCCAUCCACAUGGUUCCAGUGAGCAGUGCCACUCAGUUUUCCUUUGGUACUACAAAUGCACCAUCAAUACGAAUGAUCAGCCCCACAGCCAAUACUCCCAUACAGAUGGUGACCACUUUAUCAUCUGCCUGUCCCAUGCAAAGGGUUACUGCUGUAUCGACCACAACAGCAUCUACUAUUGCUCACAACAAAAAGAUACCACCUCUGGCAUCGCUGCAAGCGGUCAACUCCGCCCCGUUCCAAAUGGUUCAUACUGGCUCUCCAGCUGUCCCUGUACAGCUGGUCACCACUGUCUCAAGCGCCCCAAUUGUAUCAGUGUCAGCACCGGUCCAGCCUCAGCCAGACACAACCUCAGAUGUACCAAGAACCCUCAACACCACAACCAGCAAUGACCAAACAAAAGAUCUAACUGCUAAUGCUGAAAUUAAAAUAGAACCAUCCUCUACAAUUGUUGAUAAUGAUCCUGUUAAUAUCUUGACUUGGGAGAAUGGUAUUGGAACACUUCCAGGAAGCAACUUGAAGGUAAAAAGUAAAGAAAUUCUUUAA